AGUCCCACGAGCUCAAGGCAACCUAACUUACAGAAUUCGGCUUACCAAAGACCCUCUCGUCUCUCCACAAUGGGGGGUUCGAACAAAGUCCCACCUCCAGUCUACACGACGCAGUACAAGCCUCAUCCAACGGAGAAGAUGAAAGCGGCCCAGUGGAUGGGCACCAAAUCCGUCAAGAUGGGCGAGGUCCCCAAGCCCACCAUCACGGCGCCCAAAGACGCGAUUGUCAAGGUAACGCACUGCUGCAUCUGCGGUUCAGACUUGCACAUGUACGGUGGUGAGAUGAACAUGGCGAUGCAAAAGGGGGACAUCCUGGGCCACGAGGCGAUAGGGUACAUCGAGGAGGUCGGGCCCGAGGUGCACAAGUUCAAGGCCGGGGAGCGUGUCAUCAUCCUGCCCGUCAUCGCCUGCGGCGAUUGUUUCUACUGCCAGAACCAGCAGUACUCGCUUUGCGACACGACCAACCCGUCCAAGGACAUGGCCGACCUGUACGGCCACCGCCUGUCCGGCAUCUUCGGAUACUCGCACCUUACCGGCGGAUACCCAGGCGACCAGGCCGAGUUCUGCCGCGUGCCCAAUGCCGAUCUCGUGCUCCUCCAGUGUCCCGAAGACAUGCCCGCCAAAAAGGCUCUUGCCCUGGCCGACGUGACUGAUACCGCCUGGCACGGUGUCGAGCUUGCCGAGGUGCGCGAAGGCGACGUCGUCGGCGUCUGGGGUUGCGGCCCCAUUGGUCUCUCGAUCCAGAAGCUGUCCAAAGAGAUCCGCGGCGCUCGGAAGGUGUAUGCGGUCGACAAGGAUCCUCAGCGUCUCAAGAUUGCAGAGUCGCUUGGCAUGAUUCCCGUAGACGCUUCCAAGGUCAAGCCCGAUGAGUACAUUCUGUCUGUCGAGCCACGCGGUCUUGAUCGCGGCAUUGAAGCAAGCGGCUUCCGCAGCACGGAUUCGGCCACGCACAAGAUCAUGAGGGCCACGGGACUCGAGGGAGACAGCACCGACACCGUCAGCGAGGUGAUCAAGGCGACGCGCAAGUGUGGAAACGUGGCAUUGAUCGGAGACUUCUUCUUCAACACCAACAUGUUUCCCAUUGGCAUGUUGAUGGAAAAGACCAUCACUCUGCGCGGUGGACAGCUGAUGGCGCAAAAGUACUACCCUUUCCUCUUGGACUUGGUCAAGGAAGGAAAGUAUGAUCCUUCGUUUGUAUUCACCAGUGUCGAUGACUUCGAGAACAUUCCACAACAGUAUGACAUGCAGUUCCAUCAGAAGGUACCCCAAGGAUUAAAGUCGAUUAUGGUGACUCCCUACGGCCGCCAAUUGAACCAGCCGUUAUAA